AUGGACGGCCCUGGCCCUCCAGAUGGCGAGUCGGGGGUAUCCGGAGACUGGCGGAGCCGGAAGGUCCCGACAGAGUUCUCCAGGGUCGCGCUGGCUGCACACGCCCUCACCUCCACUGUCCCAAAGAGGAGCGGCCGUGCCCAACUCAGUGGCCGCCCCUCGAAGGCGCUGCUUUCCAGGAGUCCUGUCCUCCAAGAGGGAAACCUCAGGCCGGAGGCCGCAGGGACAGGAGCUAAACUUAAAGUCAUGUCCCAGGGCUUGGUGACCUUUGGGGAUGUGGUCGUAGACUUCUCCCGAGACGAGUGGCAGUGGCUGAACUCCAUGCAGCGCAGUUUGUAUAGGAAGGUGAUGCUGGAGAACUAUAGGAACCUGGCCUCACUUGGUCUCUGUGCCUCUAAGCCUGAUAUGAUCUCCUUCCUGGAGCAAGGACAAGAUCCCUGGAUGGCGAGGAAGAGGAGGACGGGAGGCCGGCGCCCUGAUUCAGGGGCUGUGUGUGAGACCAGGGCGUUACCUGCAAAGAAGGACACACCCAAAGAAAAGUUACCCCAGGCAGCGGGAGCAGAGAGGCGCUCAAACUUCAGGCCGGGGUGCCCUCCACCGGGGGAGAGCUGGAGUUACGAGGCUCUGUUUGAGACACGGCCAAGAUCAUCGUUUGCUUGGUAUGUUUCAGGCCACCAAUCUGUACGUGAGAUCCAGAAGUUAUUUCUGAAGCAGAGCUCCUAUGCUGAGGUGGUCACAGACAGAACAUCAGGCACCAAACUUGAGGGUUCCACUUUCCAAGAAAGUUGGGAUUCUGAGUGUGCGUUUGAGAGGAAGCUAGCAGACGAAGAGACACAACUCGAGCAAGGGGCUGCUUCUCAUAACAAAGCUGUCCCAAAGGAGAGAGAGCACACAUUUAACAAGUCUGGAAGAUGGUUCCAUUUGGACACUGCGGAAGAAAGAGUCCAUAGUGGCAUUUCAGGUAAAAGUUUCAAAAAAACCUCAGUGGUAAUAAAACAGACAGGAAUCUAUGCAGGAAAGAAGCUUUUGAAGUGUAAUGAGUGUAAGAAAACCUUUACCCAGAGCUCAUCCCUCAAUGUCCAUCAGAGAAUUCACACUGGAGAGAAGCCCUACAAAUGUAACGAAUGCGGAAAGGCCUUUAGUGACGGUUCCUCCUUUGCCCGACAUCAGAGGUGCCACACAGGCAAGAAGCCCUACGAGUGUGUGGAGUGCGGAAAAGCCUUCAUACAGAACACAUCCCUUAUCCGUCACUGGCGAUACUACCACACGGCGGAGAAGCCCUUUGACUGUGUCGAUUGCGGGAAGGCCUUCAGCGAUCACAUAGGGCUUAAUCAGCACAGGAGGAUUCACACCGGAGAGAAACCGUACAAGUGCGACGUGUGUCACAAAUCCUUCAGGUACGGCUCGUCCCUUACUGUCCAUCAGAGGAUUCAUACUGGAGAGAAACCAUAUGAAUGUGACGUUUGCAGGAAAGCCUUCAGCCAUCACGCAUCACUCACCCAACAUCAGAGAGUACAUUCCGGGGAGAAACCUUUCAAGUGUAAAGAAUGUGGCAAAGCUUUUAGGCAGAACAUACACCUUGCGAGUCACCUGAGGAUCCACACGGGGGAGAAGCCCUUCGAGUGCAGGCAGUGUGGGAAGUCCUUCAGUAUUAGCUCCCAGCUCGCCACGCACCAGAGGAUCCACACAGGAGAGAAGCCCUACGAGUGCCAGGUUUGCAGCAAGGCCUUCACUCAGAAGGCCCACCUCGCCCAGCAUCAGAAGACUCACACGGGAGAAAAGCCGUACGAGUGUAAGGAGUGUGGGAAGGCCUUCAGCCAGACCACACACCUCAUCCAGCACCAGAGGGUUCACACUGGGGAGAAGCCCUACAAGUGUGUGGAGUGUGGGAAGGCCUUCGGUGAUAACUCGUCCUGCACGCAGCACCAGAGACUACACACUGGCCAGAGGCCGUAUGAGUGCAUCGAAUGUGGAAAGGCCUUCAAGACGAAGUCAUCCCUCAUUUGUCACCGCCGAAGCCACACCGGAGAAAAGCCUUACGAGUGUGGUGCGUGUGGCAAAGCCUUUAGCCAUCGCCAGUCGCUGAGUGUGCAUCAGAGGAUUCAUUCUGGGAAGAAACCAUAUGAGUGUAAGGAGUGCAGGAAAACCUUUAUCCAGAUUGGGCACCUCAACCAGCACAAGAGAGUUCAUGCUGGGGAGAGAGCCUGUGGCCACAAGAAGAGCAGGAGGGCGUUCAGGCCGACUGCACACUUUGCCCACCACCAGCGGACUCCCCCGGGAGAGGCGUCCGCGUGUCCCUCACUGCCUGCCACAUCCAGUCCCCUGGAUCUGUUCCCCAAGUUUCUGUGGCCCCCACCCUCACUGCCGUCAUCGUAGCCUCAUGACACUCAUUUCACUUGCACUCAUCGCUCAAACUCUGCCCCUCUGUUUUGGUCCCUGAUUGACACAUUUGUUCUUCACAUUAUAGUCAGGCUGGGGUGUUUGUUUUUUUUUUAAGUGUAAAUGUAACUCACUUAUAAAAGCUUGUGUCGUGGUCCUCUCACUUGGCUAAUGAACAACAUGCUCCCCUUGGUGCCUGGUCCACACCAAGUGCCUGCUAAUCUUAGUUCUUUUAAAAGCAUUAUUUUUGAAAUUUGACAAAUUGCCAGUCAACUCUAAUAAAAAAUGGUGCUGUAGGAUGAGGCAAGGAGAAACCAGGUAUUGCUCCAGGAAUGGAGUGCCCGAGGCGGUUAGGUUUUGCCUCUGUGUGUUUAUAUCGUGAUGCCCUUGUGCACCUUGUGCACUCUGGCUUU